GCGAACCCCGAGCCCCAACCUGCCUGCGCCACUGAGCAUGCCCAGUGUGGCCCUCCAGGCUCGUUCGGGCUUGUUCUGAGACGCUGGCCAGUAGCGAGUUGCACUUGCCGUGGCUGUUUCUGCCGCGACGCAGGGCGGGGAGGACGACCUAAGCCUCGGCCUGUGCCCAGAAACGCAGCCGGAUGCAGGGUAGGCUGUUGCGGAGUGCUAAUGGAGAAAGCUGAGGCGGGUGCGUUGAGUGGUGGCACUGACGCGGGUCUGAGGCUACCUGUGCGCAGGUGCAAAGGACCGGUUGACCGCGCUGGUCAGUGUAAAGGGAAAUGCAGGUACGGUCCUUACAGCGAGGACAACCCGCCCCCUGCAACCGCUCCUAAGUUUCCCUGGCCAAGGCCUGCAGCCUCACUCUUUUACACCGCUGUCGGAUUACAAUCGUCAAAGAUUUGACUGCGGCAGCCCUUGCCACGAAAUUUCACCUCACCCCCACCCCUACCCCCUUGUCCUCAAGGUGUCAGUCUUAGCACAAAUAACACCCCCCCCAUUGUGUUUCCAUUGUGUAUCACUUCAUCCGGCCCCCUUUCACCGCCCCACCUCCCGCUUCCCCGGCAACCCGGCCCUUUUGCCCUGAAAAUGAAAGUCGAGCACGCUGAGUGUGAAAACAUCGUUCCUGUAUUUCUUGGACCCAAAAAACAACUAAGUGGACUGAAAGCCGGACCCCCUGGGUGGAUGCAACCCACAGCCCCUGCACUGUCCCCUGGAGGGCCGAGCCUUUCCCCCCAGUUGAGGAUCUGGUUUGGUUCUUCGCAUGGAACUCAAGCUCUGUCCUCAGUGGCUAUAUCGCCCCGCCUCUUUUGGGCCGCUGAGAAAACCCGGAUGGGUGGAUCGCCCUCGGGCCAGGUUCCGCGCUCCCCUAGCAGUGCUGUGCACGAGGAAGGCCGGGGUUGCUGGGCGCGUUUGUAAAGUACGCGACGGUAGGAAGCUGCAACCUUCCGAGUGGGCGGGGCUGAAGGGACCAAGGAGGGUUCAAAGGAGGUGGAGGGAUACACGGGCCACAGCCGGAACUACAUUCAGGAGGAGGUCACGUGUGUUCUUAGUUGGGGAACUUUCCAAAUUCCCACUCGCUUUUGAUAGCUGGAGAGACAAGUGGUUCGCUUCCUUCGCCCGGUGCAGGCAGCGGGACCCCAGGGUCUCCCAGUUCACGGCGGAAACACUAGCUCAGAAGAACCACCCUCCAGAACGCUGUCGAGGCUGACGCCUGGGGAGCUGGUUACACAAGCACCCACAUCCAAGCACGUGCCCUAGCCUUCCGCACCGUUGGCUGCCGCCGCUGCUUUUUGCAGACUUAGGAACGAGAGUUCUCAAGCUAGUCCCACCCUUCGCCUGCUACCCACAGAGCACACCAAAUGUCCGAGACCUGAGACUCCUGCCUCUGGAUCACCUAACACUGCGUUUUCCCUACCUUGGGAGAAGGGGCUGUGCCAUGGAGGGCUGUGUCUCCCUCGCUAGUGCCCUGCCCCUUAGGGCGAAACUCUCUGGUGCUGUGGUCUCAGGGCAAGAGGGUAUCUCUUGCCGCAGCCCGCUGCUUAAAUACACCGAUGUUGCAACAAACUUCCAGUCACUAAGUCACUAACCCUGAGCUAGUGAGCGCGCCCCACCUACUGUAAACUUGGCCAAGUGACUUAUCUGGUCCAAGAACCUAAUCAAUGGCCGUCAGCCCAGAACAAACCUGUCAUGUCUGCUUACAGCCCCAUUAGUUGACCCAUCCCUGUGAGGCAGCUAGUUCAGAAAUGCUGAGAACUGGAGCACAUUUACCUAGACACUGAUCAGCUACAGUGAGCGCUAUCCACCUUCGGUUUGGAGAAAAUAGGCAUCAACAACACCAAUCUAAGAAUUUCUUUUUCCCCUGGGACGUAAGACUCAAGGACUCAAUUGGAAUCCCCAAGUAGUCUGUGAUGAGACCUAGGCUGAGAGGUGCUGGGUCGGUUUAGGCACUGGAAGAAUAGAGAUCAAUUUGCAUGAGUAUUGCAGUAAUUGGGAGUAGUUGCCUAGGAAGGUCUGAAGAAGACUUAUUUUGUAUAUGAAAGAGAUUGUAUGUGAGUGCAUUUAUAAUUGUAGGCAACCCCUGAAGACCAGAAACCCCAGGAGACCUAGCUUAGAAGCCACAGGCCAUUACCUAACUCCAAGACUACUAAUUAAACCAGGGAUACUUACAACGUUCUUAGCGAUCUCUUAUGCUCCAUAAAUCUUGCAUUUAUAUCUAACACCCUUUUAAGAUAGAUCUACAAGAGUUAGCAUCCUGCUGAAACUUAAGCGUUGGUAUUUACUGGAAGCUGAUUUUGCACACAGCCCUGGCCAGCUUGGGGAAAACGGGCCAGUGUGGAAAGGACAAUGAAGAGCAGCCUGGAAAGAGUAGGAGAAAAGCCUGCUCCUACUUUGGUUUCCAAAGAUGAAAGUUCUGUCCACGCAGCCUAGCGGGAGCUAGAGAUUUCUUUAAUCUACAAAGGACAAAGAGUUGCUGAUUUCUAGGUGUUCCACUAGAUUGCAUGGUAAGAACCUGAGCUGUGCUCGGAUGAAUAUCAACUACUGCUUGAAGUGGGCAAGGCAAAGUGAAGAUGAAAUUAAAAGAGGGGAAGUAGAUUGGGGAGGGGUAGAAUGUCCCAUGUUUGCUUCUCAGGUUGCUGAGCUUGUCCCAAGGUCCCUGAAGGCUACCCUAUGUGAGAAUUAUUCUUACAGCAUCUGAGAAGUUCUGAAAUCCACUCCUGGGAAAAACAUGUGUUUGUUCAUUUCUGCCCUGCUGGAGUUAGGCAUGAGGAGAGAGGAUUCUUUUCAAUUCCCAUGACACAGAGUUACUGUGGAGCCGAGAGAGCACGCAUCACCAGCACUAAAGUGUGGGAAUAUGAGACUGGCCCACAAGCACUUCCAUCGGCUAAAGGGAGAAAAUGGGAAAUAGUUGUGCUGCUACUUUAAACACCAGGUUCUUGUACUUUUCUCUAGUGAUGAAGGAAAGGAUCACCAAUGUUGGCAGAUAUUUGGCCAGCCUGACAGCAGUAUUAGGCAAUUACUAGAAAUUGGUGAAUAAAAACCUCCUCCUCUUCCCACUGUUAAGCAGAUUCCUGAAGGAAACAGUGACGUAUCCUUUUCCAAUUUUGUUUUUCUUCACUUUUUUCUUCUACCCAAGCAAUCUCCUUACCUAGGUGGUAGAGCUGAAUCUUCUAAAUAGCUGACCCUAUCUAAUGUAUAGAAAGGUUUUUAAAAUAAUUUUAAAAAUUCAAUGGCAAACAUGUACUUGACAGUACAGAUAACACAAUACAUAUUGGUUUCCAAACACUUCAGUUCUUUACCUGUUGGGAUUCAGAACACCCUAGGGAGAAACAGAAGCUUAUAACAAAGGGAGAAUUAUAUAAAGCUUCAGGGAGACUAUAUAGAAUAAUCAGUGAACAUGACAAACGAGCUUUAAUUAUAGUUUCUAACAACUAAUUACAAAACUGUAUUGUUAGUACACCCAAAGAAUAUCCAAAGAAAAUAUCUUGAUAAAUGAAAUGACCAGCAACUUGAUGUGGAUGAUAUAAAUGGUUGAUCUGAUCUUUGUAGGUCCUGCUACAAACAUGUCUUUUGUUGAACAAUGCAUGCUGUAGUGCCUUUCUCACCUCUCAUACCUCACACAUUGACCUUUCAAAUAGAGACAUAAAUCAAUGGCUUUAAUUUUAAAGCAAGUUUCUCUAUUUGUAUUGUUUAACCACUGUCUUCGAUGUAAUGCAGAAUAGGACAAUAUAAUAGUUAUAGGUUUGAAUCUGAACCAUCCCAUCCUUCCAAUGGUCUGAAGGCUUUCCCCUUAUUUCAUUUAUCUUGAUUACAAAUAUUGCUGUUCUUUUAAAUAAACGUACUUUCCAAAGGCAUUUCAGCAGAAAGCUCUACUAUGGAUUAUACAAGUAACCAUGUCCUAAAAGAAGUUUCCAUGAUUGUCUAUGAACUCCAUGUCCUAAAUCUCUCCUGGAGCUAUUUCAAAUGGCCCUUAUUUUUCUUUCACAUUUCAGUAGAGAGGUUUGCUGUAUGAAAUUAUCACUCUGAGAAAUAAAGAUUGGUCUAGAUACUCCUGGGAGAACAACAAAGUAGAUCAGGCCUCCACUGUGCCCAAGUGGCAUUCAGAAAUUGUGAUUUGGACUAGAAAGUGAUGAAAAGAAAAGACUCAACAUGGCAAGACAGCUUUGACUGUUUUCAUCUUCAGUCUGACGUUGGCUGUUGGAUAUUCUACUUUGGUCCCCUUAAUAUUAAUUCUAACUCUAGUUCUAUGGAACACACAUUCUGCUUUUUAGCUCUUCCAAUAAUAGAAAAUAUAAUAAUUUUUAUAUACCAGCAGGUAUUGGGGCAUUUAACCAGCCACCUUACAGAGUAGCCCUUACUUGUCUAGGUAUAGGAGGUACAUUUAGAAGAAGUCAAGUUUGACCCUUCCCUCACUCCUGUCUUUUCCUUCAGAACUUCUUGCUGGCUUCUGAGACAUCACUUUUUCUGAUAACAAAGAAUACCUUUUUCAAAGAGUAAAUGCAUGGGAUAAACUCAAUUUAAAGUAUCUCUUUUUGUCUGUCCAAAGGCUUUGUGGUUUCUGGUCUUCAUUCAUUCAUUUAAUGAUUCUACCAACAAAUAUUUGGGUGUCUAUUAUGUGCCAGUACUGUGCUAAGCUCUGUAGAUAGACCGAUGAUAUGGCAUGUAUGGUUCAGCUUUUAUGAAAUUUAGUCUCCUUGGAGAAAAGUUAAAGCAACAGAAAACACCCUGAAGUUUGAAAACUGUUUCAAUUAAUUAUUGCUAUAUAACAAACCAUCAUAAACUCGAUGGCUUAAAAAAAUCAUUUAUUUUUUCAGACUUCAGCAGUUUGGAGAAGGAAAAUAGUUCUUCUUCUCCAGGAUGUCAGCUGGGGUCAGACAUGUGGUUGCCUUCAGCUGUGAGUUUGUCUGGGGCUGGAAUGCCCAAGAUGGCUUCACCCACAUGUCUAGCACCUCGGCUUGACAUGAGGAGCUGAAAUGGCUACAGCCUUCCCUCUCAUCCUGUAAUUGCUCAUCAUUUUGAGGUCCAGCCCAAGCUUCUUUUAUACAAUGACUG